ACAUUUCAAAUUUGAACCUGUUCAUCUAACGAUACUAAGUGAUUUUUCGAUAAUUUAUGCUUUAUUAUUGUUAUUUCUGACAACAACGGAUUGAAAUUAUAUUUUUCUAUUUAAGGAUCAUCAAUUUCACUUAUCUCCCCGUUAUUUUAUCGAUUAUGAGCGACCCAAAGAAACACACCCAGCGCAUUGUUGAAAUGGGAAAAUUUCUAAAUGUUUUCCUCACAGCUGAGCAGGUUUCGUCAGUGGAGAGGUUACUAUCACUGGGCGUUUCACCGUUGAACCUUGUCCGUCUUAUUCAAAACCUUGGAACUCCCAGCACACAGAGUUCACCAAGCAAUCGGGAAAAUGCAUUGUCAUGAUUUAAUCAGCUCCUCAAAUUAUCGGCAAACCUGGUCAUAAUGUAUAUUCACUUUUUUUAAAAUAAACUAAACUGGUUUCUCA